AUGUUCAUUACCGCUUUAAUAGUUUGUCUAUUUGAAGUGGCACAGGCUUACAUUGGAACCGGCGUUAUUGCUGCUGGUUCAUGCACAACGUGCCAAAUGUCCGUAGGUGGAGGAGGAUGGUCGCAAUGGAGUGAAUGGUCUCGAUGUGGUAUGACGUUGGGCGUAAUGUCACAAUCACGAUACCGUGCUUGUUCAAUGCCCAGAUGUACUGGUGGAGUAGUGAGUGAAGCUAGGCCAUGUAUAGUGUACAUCCAACGACCAGCACCACAAUGGAGUGAAUGGGGUCCGUGGAGUGCAUGCAGCGCUUCGUGCGGAGGUGGUGUGUCACAACGCACUCGAGUGUGCGUCGAUCCAUGCACUAACUGUUGCCUUGGAACGGCAACCGAAAGUCAAGCUUGCAACACGCAGCCGUGUUGCGAAUGGAGCCCGUGGUCACCGUGGUCAGAAUGUAGUGUCACUUGUGGCACAGGAGGUGUUACAUAUCGGACGAGGCAAUGCAGCUGCGCAGAAGGAUGUCCUGGAAGUUCAAGUGAGCAGAUGCCGUGCGACGCUCCUAUACCCUGCCCUGUGCCUACCACGCCGGCUCCACCACCACCACCACCACCACCACCGGUUCAACCACCGGUUGCACCACCUCAACAACCUUCAGCUCCUAUUUGCCUUACCACAUGUUAUAUACCUAUGCCGACAUGUGUGACCUGCACCGCCUAUACAACAUGGACAAUGCUUUGUUGUAAACCAUACGGAAGGAGGUUUAAAAGAUACAGUAACCGGAUCGAGUAA